AUGUUCAAUCAAAGUACAGCAUUGGGAACCGGAACUCCAAGUUCUGCAAAUCCUAUGAAAGAUUUUGAAGUAGUUUCUCCUCCAGAUGAUUCAAUCUCUAGUUUAGCAUUUAGUCCGUCGUCAAUCCAAAAUAAUUUUUUGGUUGCCGGUUCUUGGGAUUGUAAUGUUAGAUGUUGGGAAGUUGAACAGACAGGAAAAACUGUCCCAAAAUCUAUGCAAACAAUGGGAGGUCCUGUAUUGGAUGUUUGCUGGCAUGAUGAUGGAACAAAGGUAUUCAUGGCUUCUUGUGACAAAAUGGUUAAGUGCUGGGAUCUAGGUUCAAAUCAAAGCGUUCAAGUAGCAGCUCAUGAUGCUCCAGUUAAAACUUGCCAUUGGAUUAAAGGAACUAAUUAUUCGUGUCUUAUGACUGGUUCUUGGGAUAAGACAUUGAAAUUUUGGGAUACGAGAAGUCCUAAUCCAAUGUUGGUUAUUAAUCUACCUGAAAGAUGUUAUUGUGCUGAUGUUGACUACCCGAUGGCUGUAGUUGGAACUGCAGGACGAGGUCUGAUAAUUUAUCAACUUGAAGGAACUCCUCAAGAAUUUAAACGGAUUGAAUCACCACUUAAAUAUCAACACCGUUGUGUCGCGAUCUUCAAAGACAAAAAGAAAGUUCCAAAUGGUUAUGCACUUGGAAGUGUAGAAGGACGCGUAGCUAUUCAGUACGUUAAUCCUGUCAAUCCAAAAGAUAAUUUUACAUUCAAGUGUCAUCGAUCAAAUGGAACACCAAAUGGCUACCAAGAUAUUUACGCUGUCAAUGAUAUUGCAUUCCAUCCAGUUCAUGGUACUCUCGCAACGGUGGGAAGUGAUGGAACAUUUAGCUUUUGGGACAAGGAUGCCAGGACUAAACUUAAGCCCUCUGAACCAAUGGAACAACCCAUCACAUGUUGCUGUUUUAAUCACAACGGCCAAAUAUUUGCCUACGCUGUAUCUUAUGAUUGGUCGAAAGGUCAUGAGUUUUAUAACCCAAUGAAAAAGAAUUAUAUUUUCCUCAGGUCAUGUUAUGAAGAGUUGAAACCACGAUCUACAUCAUAA